GAUUAUUUUUAAAACAUGUUUUCAGUCACUGGUACAUUGUGAUUCCCACAGUUCCCGCCCCCUCUCUCCUCCUCCUCCUCUUUAUCUUCCCCUCUCCCCUUUUCUUUAUGCUCUCUCACCUAUGCCAAGGAAACAGCCCAAAAGCACUCAACUCCUGCUGGCAAUCAUCAGUAUAAAAUACUUCACCUUUUUGCUAAGUUCAUUUCUUUCCCAAUUUACAGGACACCAAAAUGAGUACAAACAAGUUUCCUGAAGAACUGAAGAGCAUUUUUGAAAAAUACGCAGCCAAAGAAGGUGAUCCAAACCAGCUGUCGAAGGAGGAGCUGAAGCUAUUGAUUUAGACUGAAUUCCCCAGUUUACUGAAAGGUCCAAGCACCCUAGAUGACCUCUUUCAAGAACUGGACAGGAAUGGAGAUGGAGAAGUUAGUUUCGAAGAAUUCCAGGUGUUAGUAAAAAAGAUAUCCCAGUGAAGGAAAAAACAAAACAGAUCAUUCUAAGAACCGAAAGAAGAGUGCCUGGGAUGUGGCCCUAUUCUGUAUGAAACCACCAUUGUCUCCACUUAAUUCUUUGCAAUUGUAAUGAUCAAGCAGUGAGGUCUAAUUACUGAAUAAAGAAAUCCUUAGACAUGUCUCACCUUGUCAAGUACUGACCCCUGUAGCUUACUAGAUUUGAAAGCAACCUUAAUUUGAUGCAUCUAAUUUAUGGAUUUAUAAAGAAAAAAAAAAAGGCCCACAAUAGUUCCACGAUCUUGACCAAGACCACAAAGAUGGUGGCGGAGAGUUGGAAAGAAUUCUGACGAGUCAAACCAACUCCCUCCCUCCACUCGUCCACCAGAAUAACCCCCUCCCUGCUGUCCCUCCGCAGCCACGCAGGGCUCACAUCAUUCCCAACAUCAACUCGUAUUUCACUCUAGUCAAUGGCUAUGGAGAAACAGACUUCAUAAAACAGACACUUGUCUUUAAAGUCAUCUCCCAGCACCGGCUGUGCCUCUUGAAUCAAUGACCCUUUGGGGGAGCAAAAGGAAUGUAUGUCCAGAGAGUCAGUUCCAUUCCAUCACUGAGGGGAUGGCCUUGGUUCUAGUAUGUGAUGUGGAAAAUAAAAGGGACAGGAAGGCAUAGGGCCCUCCAGCUCUGGCAUCCUGCAAUGCUGGGACGCUGGGUAUCUGAGAAACAGCUAGUCCUCAGGUUCUACUAGUUGAAUCCAGCUGGGGGGAGGGAAAGAGGGAGGAGCGUGGGAGAGGAGUAACUUUCUUCUGCCCCUUACCAGACAGUUAAAAUGGCAAAGUCAAAUCAGUCUAAGUUGGCCACGGCAGCCCACCACAGCAGUGCCCUGGAAGCCAGGUCUUUAUCCUGACCACCACUCUCCCCUCCUCGGAAACACCCACAAAUCAUCAGCACUGCACCCAUUCCCUUUGACCAGCAUCUUAACCUUUCUGUUCAUUAUCACCCUCCUAAUGAGCCUUGUUAGACAUUCUUUUCCCAACUGCCCUUCCAACAAAAUUUUAAUUCCACAUAUACAUUGUGUGUAUACCUGUUUAUGUACCACAUUCAUAUCUGUGCUUUAGACAUGGUGUAAGAUGGUUUUUUGACCCACCACCGCCCCCUCAAAAGCAAUUUUAACCCCUGUGGUGUAAGCACAUAGGGUAGCACGUCCCCAGAGGAAGAAAACCAGGCAUGGCUGGUUUUUUGACAUAAGAGAACCCAUUUUUGGCCUAAGCCAUUUUGUGAUCUAAGGCUGGCCAUAAUGCUUGUCCUUGAACAGGUCUCAGUAAUUAAUGACCUUAAGGAAACAAGGAACAAAUGACUGUUAUCAGGCAAGAGAAGUAACAAGAGCAAAGAUAAUACAUCACUUGUAAAGACCCCCAGUUCUGUUUCAGCAGUAAAGACUAGCCUGAAGCACUCAACCACCAGAUCAACUGGAACCUAAGGGAUGAUAAUGUUGACCUUUUCUGACCCUUGUGACUUCAAUCAACUAAAGCUUGGACUGUGUGGACCACCCAAACCCCUUCGUGAAUAUGCAUGUACCCUCAGCUUAAAACUUCCCCAGUUUUCAG